UUAAAUGGCACCUCGAGAUCCGUAACCCGAAGACCACGUCUACUGAAGCCAUAGGCUCUAUUAUCAUCAUCUAACGCAAUGAUAUAUAUACUUCUGAUACUUCCAGAAGUGUCAUGAGUAGCAUGUUCUUCAUACAGAUUGAAAUACACAUGAAGCAAGACAGCAUAGAGACUUUCUUACGCAAUAUUUGUUAUGUCAACUCUUAGAAGAGCACUGUUUUACACGAUGACAGAGACGAUGAUUCUAUGACGAACGUGCUAUAAGAAGAUGUGCUUGUUCCAUCCAUGUAAUGGAUGACAUUGGAACGUUAAACAUGUGAUUGAAAAAUCCUUGCGGCACCUUGUAAUGGACUCUGCAGCACCACAUACUCAUAUUUUGAAAAGGAUUUACGUCAACACAAGCUUUAUGUUUUUUUUACAAUUUCUAUUGUCAUGAGUUCGACAAGGAAACCAGAGUCGUUAUUGUCAAGUGUCUUUUUCGCUUUUUUUAUCUCUCAGCUCCUGUUCAUUGAAAUAAGGUAUACCGCUUCAUAUGUAUGUCAUUUGUAAGAAUCGGAGCAACAUACUGAGUUCCCUUGUCAUUUGACAUCACCUAUUUGAAAAUGUUGAAGCAACAAAUCGAUUGAGGCAAUGUACGUGUCACAAAUACCAAAGUUGCACAACAACAAGUGGGAGGCACGUAAGGACGUUGACCUUCGACCCUAUCACAUACACCAGUGGGUGAGGCCCAACGCAGGGGAACAUUCUUUAAGUUGCUGACGUCGCAGUGCAUCGUUACACCAGAAUCAUGCACAUGUUCCAGCAACCCCGCCCUACUCCAAAAUGUUUUGGCGGGAACACCGUCAAAGCGUUGUCUAUCACACAGAUAGUGUGUGGAUCCCUGGCCAUACUACUGGGCAUCGCUAUCAUCAUACCGGGCAGUGAGCUCUUCCGAACUGGGUAUCCUGUCUGGACCGGGGCGUUGUUCCUCUCUACAGGAAUAAUCGGCAUCUUUGCGGCGAAACGCAAGACCAAAUGUAUGAUCAUACCUCUAAUGGUUCUGUCCAUCUUCUCGUCAAUCUUCGCGGGAACCGUUACCCUCGUCCUUGCGGCCAUCGCACUUUCAAAUGAUGUCUGGGGAUGGUGCUGGAAUUUUCCAGGCAGUGAAUGUCCAACGGGCGCCAUCAUCGCGUUUGACGUCCUGCUGAUCCUACUGGCCCUCCUGGAGCUGGGCCUGGCCAUCGCCACCUCCGUCAUGACGUGUUAUGCGAUCUGUCCGGGCUGCACCGAGGGAAGUACGGACAGUUGUACCUGCUGUGAUACAUGUAACAACAGUGGAUACCAGGCACCAGCAGUUGCCUAUCAGGUGGGAGCAGACGGCAGACUGGUCCAGAUACCCGGCCAGUACGUCAUGCAGGGGGGACAGCCCAUCGUCAUGACACCGUUCCCUCCAAACCAGCCACAAUACGCCACGGCCCUUCCCUCAGGAACCACGGCCCUUCCCUCUGGAGCCGCGGUCCAACAACCCCUACUCGUCACACAGACACCUGCCAACAUGGCUGCUGCCGCUGGGGCCGGGCAGGGUCCCAAGCCACAAGGGAACGUUGUGUUUGUCCCGGUGCAGGGUGUCGCUCCUGCAGCACAUCAGUAUCAUGUAGCACCGCCGAUGUCAACAGGUGGGCACGGAAACGCGCAAUAUGUCAUCGCCACACCCACAGCACAAGCGGCAGGUCAGCAGUCGCUACAGUCCGUACCACAGGUUCAGUUCCAGCAGCCCAGCCAGGCCGCGCCCUACCCGCACCCAGCACAACUCCAGCCACAACAGCAUCCAACCGUACCCCAGGGACAAGCCUCUGCCCCACCCACGGGACCUUCCCCUCCCCCCAGCUACCAGCCUGAUGAUCCUGACGCUCGUGGCGUUGCAAACCAGGCCAUGCCGACUGAGCAAGACGACGAGCCUCUCAUUGAAGAUUAAGCGGAAACCUCGAGAUCUGUAAUCCGAAGACCAUGCCCAGUGAAACCAUAGACUAUACUCUCUUUCAUCAUCUAACGUAAUAAUAUAUAUAGUGUCUUUAGGUACAAAAUAACGUAAUAAUUUAGUGUAUUUAUGCACAAACUAAACUUUCAGACGUGACAUGAAUAGCAUGUUGAGUUCUUCAUACAGAUUUUGAAAUACAUGUGUACAAAUGGAGCAAGACAGCAUAGAGACUUUAUUACGCAACUAUUUAUGUCAAAUCUAAGAAGAGCUCGGCUUUAACUGUUGAUUUACACGAUGAUAGACAAUGAUAGUACAAUUCUAGGACGAUCCUAGUAUAUGAAAAUCUAAAGACAUGAAAGGUGCUUGUUCCUUCCAUCUAAUGGGAGACAUUAGAACGUUAAACAUAUGAUUGAUAAAUCAUUGCGGCACUUGGAAUGGACUCUACAGCACCUUAUAGUCUAAUUUCAAAAAGAGUAGAUAGCGGGAAUAAACAUAAGUUUGAUGUUUUUCUUACCCUUUAUAUUGUCAUGAGUUUGAAAAGGAAACCAAAGUCGCCAUUACCAA